GAGAAAAGUGCGUGUGUUGAUAAAGCAUAGCACACGUGGCAACGUUUACAGCGGUCAACUUGUCAACCUCACACACUUAGUACAAUAAUAAUCCCUGAAAAUAGAAGCAGUUAGUUUAGUUGGUUCUUCUUCGUCGAAAAUGGAGAAAACUAAUCAACUUGAACGAACAGAGAAAUUAGUAGUGUGCGUUACAGGCGCUAGUGGUUUCGUAGCCUCUUGGCUUAUCAACCUUCUUCUCUCCUCCGGUUACUCUGUUCACGCCACCGUUCGCACCGAUCCAUGUGAUUCCAAAUAUGAGCAUUUGAAACAGCUGGACAAGGCAUCAGAGAAGUUGAAGCUUUUUAAGGCGUAUUUACUUGAUUAUGAUUCGGUUGCUGCUGCCAUUAAAGGAUGUAUUGGAGUGUUCCAUGUUGCCAGUCCUGUACCUUCCGCUUCUGUGUCUGAUCCUGAGGUCCAGCUGAUGGAACCUGCAGUGAAGGGCACACUAAAUGUGCUCAAAGCAUCUUCAGAAGAAAAAGUAAAGCGAGUUGUCUAUGUAUCAUCUGUUGCUGCUGUUCUCAUGAACCCGGAUUGGCAAACUGAUCAAGUCAAGGAUGAAAAUUGCUGGUCUGACAUUGAAUUUUGCAAAAGAACUAACAAUUGGUACUGCGCUUCUAAAACAGAAGCUGAAAAUGAAGCUUUUGAAUAUUCUAAAAGAAGUGGCCUUAAUGUUGUAUCAGUUUGUCCGACCCUUGUUUUGGGUCCUAUGAUGCAAUCAAACGCCAAUGCAAGUAGCUUGGUGCUCAUUAAGCUUCUUAAAGAAGGAUAUGAAUCAACAGAAAACAAGCUUCGGAUGAUAGUAGAUGUGCGUGACCUGACCGCUGCCUUGCUUAUGGUCUUUGAGAAGCCUGAGGCAGAAGGGAGAUAUAUAUGCUCAUCACAUCAAAUUAGAGUGAAGGAACUGGUGGACAAGUUGACAAGCAUUUAUCCCCACUAUAAUUAUCCAAAAACCUUGAUUGAGGUUGCUGAUGGGGACAGUGUUAGUUCGGAGAAAUUACAGAAGCUUGGUUGGAGUUACAGACCACUGGAGGAAACUCUAGUAGACUCAGUGGAGAGCUACAAAAAGUUGGGACUUCUAGGUUGGAGGUAUUCCAUUGGCAUGUAAUGGCAGGAAAACAAUUGUUUUCUAGUCUUCAAACUAUCGGCUGUCUAUAUAGGGACAUAGUAAAUGUCGUAUUUGUCAUCUCUAUGUAUGAAUUGAAUUGCUGUAGUUUUUGUUCAUGACAUGAAGACGUUUCAGAAUCUUUACAUGAUUUUGUGUCCAAAUACAUCCCUGUGAAAAUAUGUUUUGUUGAUUUCCUUUUUAAAAUCUUUAGUUAGGUA